CAGUAUUAUCAUGCUUGUUUUUUUCGUACAUCAUGAGUAAUGUAUCUGUGACUUUCUCCUGUCGUUUUGUCCGUCGCUAUUCUCGUGCGCAUCAUUUUGUGGACAACAAACACAAUGCGUUUUAUGCGCAAUAGAGGUCUAUACAUAAAACGUAAAUAAUUUGAUCACACAUCGCUGCUCGAUGUGCUCGGCCCGAUCCUCCCCUUCACAUUCACACGGCGUAUUAUCGUCACCUUGAAUUUUCCUCCGCUGUUUUCCAAUUAAAAGCUUAAUAGCCCUGGAAACGGAGUUCAUGUGGGGAAGUUUGAGAGCGGCCCCUAUUCUCAAAGUUGUUCUGCUGCGAUCCCAUUAUGUGCUUGACUAAACCCUUUUAGGGACAGAAACGGGACUGUACGGUGUUCGGUUUCAAUGGACUCUUAACGCUGUAAGUAAGACACAUCUCAAUAUCUUCCACAUUAACGUGGUUUAAGGUGCGCUAUGGCCUUCUUAAUGUUAAAGAAGAACAAAAACAACAGCUCCGACAAUUAAAACACCAGAGAGAAGUUGGUGUGAAAUUUUCCAUUUAUUCUAAAAGUGAGCAGAAAUGCUGUGUCACCUUUGUGCAGCCUAUGCUAUACAUUUCCCAUACAAGUCCAUAUUAUUCUUAAUAUUUGUUCCUCACUGAAAACCUCAUGUCCCGAAUGCAAUCGCUCAAUUAACCGGAAUAGCGCUUAUUGUCGGGCCGGGUAAAAUUCCUCAUGGGAAUAAGUUAAGCACGCAUUCAAAUGCAAACCAGCGUAUUAUUUCUUCUCUGUUUAAUUCGGAUGCGCAGCAUGUGGUUAAACAAAGUAGCCCUACCGAGCGGCUUCAUGCAAAGCUUUCAGCACUGCAGGCUUUUUGGACAUUCCCAGAUGAUUUCUGAAAUGACUGCACUGUUAACACCUUGGAGCAUGUUGAACUAAUUGCUUAGGAUCAGGUUGCCUGUUGCCUAACCUUAAAAAUUCACACUGAUUAUGAACUGGCCUGCAGUUUGGGCGCGUAAUCGGUUGGACUACAGGGUGCAUUUGCGGUUUUGUUUCUUUUAAUGUUAUCAUACAAAAAAAAACCCCGCAAAAGAACUGGAACUGUGGUGUGACUUGUAGUAUUUUACUUUAAGAAAAAUAAAAUCGCUUUCUGCUAAAAUUAUUUUAAGCAACAACAACAAAAAAGACCACAUAUGAUAUAAGCUUAAACCUUUUGUCAGUUUAUGAAAGGUGUUUCAUGAGACCUCCCUCUUCGAAUUUGAACACUAUAUGACGUGGGAUGCAAGCGCGCGCGUGAAGUUGCUCCCUUUUGUCAGCGCGUGUCUGAUCGCGCGCCUUUAUUGCAGGCCAAAAAGGUGGAUCCUCGUCUUUGAGUCAACGCCUCUUUAUCACGAGUGUAGCAAGCGGGGAAGAAGGAGGGGGUCCUGAGCUUGGCAUCUACUGACAAUUGACAUCCACUCUCUCCUCUUGUCGCUUUUAUCUGAUGCUCUUGUUGAGCGAGCGUGGUCCGUCUCGAGUUGCGUGACAUGAACGGCUACGGCUCGCCGUACCUGUACGUGGGCGGCCCGGUUGCGCAGGCACGCGCGCCGCUCCAGAGGACACCAAAGUGCGCACGGUGCCGCAACCACGGCGUGCUGUCCUGGCUCAAAGGCCACAAACGGUACUGCCGUUUCAAGGACUGCACGUGCGACAAGUGCAUCCUGAUCAUUGAGCGUCAGCGCGUCAUGGCGGCGCAAGUUGCGCUCCGGCGGCAGCAGGCCAACGAAAGUCUGGAGAGUUUAAUCGCCGAGCCGCCACCUCCGCCGCACAGAGCUAUGGGCACCGGAGAGUUACGCUGGAGCGCCGAGCCCAUCAUCACAACACAGUCACCAACAGACCUGAACGAGGAUCUCUCAGGUGAGCAGUCUGGAGGAGAGAAUAGUGGCAGUACCAGCGACCGAGAGCAAGAAGCUGCCAGCUCACCUGAGGAGCCCAAACCCAACACCUGCUUUACUCCGGACACCCCGGACCCACCUUCUAAUCCUGAGGAGCCCCAUUACAUCUCACCCAAACCCUGCACUGACCCAGAACCAAAGCCUGACAGCCCCAAGUCUCCCACUGAGCAGAGUCUGCUAAUUGAAGGCCUCACAGGCUCCGUCUCCCUGCCCUUCAACCUGCGAGCCAACCGCCCUCCUCUGGAGGUCCUGAAGAAGAUCUUCCCUUCCCACAAGCCAGCUGUUCUGGAGCUGAUCCUGAGGGGUUGUGGAGGUGACCUGGUGGGUGCCAUUGAGAUACUUCUCUCCAGCCGCUCUACUACAAAAAUGGAUAAGCCCUCCUCAGAAAACUCUGAGACUUUAAUCCUUCCCUCAAAUGGCCACCUUUUUGAGCCUCUAAGCUCUUACCCAGUCUCUUCCUCCAAGUGGUCAGUGGGUUCGGCCUUCCGUGUGCCAGAUUCACUUCGCUUUACUCCAGAAUCACCUGGCGGGGUGAUGCCGACUCCCUUGGGUGUCCCGCUGCAGCCUAGCUUUCCUCAGGCGCACCGUUACCCGUUGAUGCUACGCAACUCUCUGAGCCGUGGUCAAGCUGGGCCUUUUAUGUCUAAUGAUAUGACUUUGUGGAAUACCAUGAGCUUGCAGCAGCAGUACCAAUUCCGCUCGCAGUAUGUCUCGCCCUUCUCAGGGCCGUCCUUCCGUGGAUCACCUCUUCUGCCGUCCAGGUCAACUCAAGAGGAGCAACGCAUGAGCGUUCAGGAGGAUGCGACCAAACACACGGUAUAUUCCACUGCUGACGAGGAAUACGACGAGAGAUCUGACUCCUCAGACUCGAGGAUCCUUAAUACUUCUUCUUAACCUAGAAAAGAGGCAAACAUACCAAAAACGUGUUAUGAAUAGACUGAGAAUGACAAAAGAUAAAUGGCAGACUGUGCCUGUGUAGGAACUUUAUGAAACCUAUGCUGUUCAUUAUUUGAGAUAUUGUGUUGCUCUCACAGUGAAACAUGUAGAGAGUUAGUCAGCAACAUCCACCAAAAAUCCUGAAUGAUUAGGAUGACUGAACCUGAAUGACUGAACAUUAGUUUGUGAAUAAUAACCACAAAUUCCUCCUUGCAUGAAAUGUACUGUGAAUAGUAAUGCAGUGUAGAAAUAGGCAAACAAUAUAAGCAUGUAAAUGGAUAUGCCAUAUACCCAGUCUGAAUUCUUAUUGUCAUUUAUUCACAUGAACUAAAUAUAGACAGGAAGUUUAUGUUAAUAGGAAAAUUACAUGAAGUGGAAAAGGAAUGUUAUUUAACACAUUACAAGAAAAAAGCUUGUAACCCCACAAAGGAAUAAUUUAAUCAAAUUUCUGUAUUCCUGGAAAUAUUUGUUAGCUGUAAAAUAUAACAUAGUCUAAAACAAAAAAAAAAAUUGGAUUAAUUUUUUAUACAUGGACAUAAAGAACACCUUUUCAAUUUUUCAAACACUAAAACCAAGAAAUGUAUUUAAGCAUUGAUAUGACAUUCAUCUGCUGAACUGACCACUGAAAUUGAACUUGAACAGUUUGGUGAUGAUGUCAACUCUGGACUGUACACAGUAAUAUAUCUACAAUAAUAAAAGCAGAGUGUGAGCAUAUUUCGGGUGUGUGUGAGUAUUAUUUAGACUGCAUUCCCAAGCCUUUUCCUCUAGUCACAUUGUAACAUUAUUAAAGACAAUAUUGCUUAAUAACAAUGCACUGCAUGCUUGUCAUUCAGCGCAAUGAUGUUAAAGCGACAAAAACCUCUGGACAAACCAUAUGGGGGUUCUUUCUUUUCUUCUAGGUGAAGGAAAAAUCUUUCACAAUCUUUUGGACAAUUGUGCUGUAAAGUUAAACAUUAUACAUCUACAUGUAUACAGGCUUAUUUAAAUAGCCCAAACCUCAGUGAGCAGAAGAAAACCUGUGAUCGUGUAAAACUUUAGGUUCCAACAGCUAAAACUGAGCAAAUUGCCCCAUCUAGCGGUUAACUUUAGGUAAUUACACAAAGCUUUAUUCAGUCAAUGUGCUACUAUACACCGAUCAGGCAUAACAUUAUGACCACCUGCCUAAUAUUGUUUCGGUCCCCCUUUUACUGCCAAAACAGCCGUGACCCAUCGAGGCAUGGACUCCACUAGAUCCCUGAAGGUGUGCUGUGAUAUCUGGCACUAAGAUGUUAGCAGCAGAUCCUUUCAGUCUUCUAAGUUGUGAGGUCCAGCUCACAACUUACAGAGCUUAAAGGAUACCUACAGGAUGCUAACAAGACUUAAAAGAUACUUGUGAUAGAUACUGACCACUGCGGAUUGGGAACACUUCUCAAGAGCUGUAAUUUUGGAGAGGCUCCCAUUCAGUCGUCUAGCCAUUACAAUUUGGCCCCAAAUCCUUACGCUUGCCCAUUGUUUCCUGUUUCUAACACAUCAACUUUGAGGACAAAAUGUUCACUUGCUGCCUAAUAUAUCCCCCCUCCCCCCCACUAACAGAUGCCAUGAUGGGGAGAUAAUCAGUGUUAUUCACGUCAACUCUCGGUGGUCAUAAUGUUAUGCCUGAUUGGUGUACAGCUUCACAUAAAACUUGUAUGUUAAACAAUUACCUAAAAUAAAA